GUUUACAAACUGCAUGACCUUGAAUAUCUGCUGUCACUUCUGUCAAUCUGUCAUUUUCCAACUGUUUUAUUGUGGUUUUAUUAGUGAUUUAUAUCAACAAUUGCGAAUAUGGCUGGCUCAUUAAUUAAGUUCAGCAAUUUAACUAAAACAAAUUAUACGAGUAUUUGUGCUGCAAUUGCAAGCAAUGGACAAAUUUGCUUUUAUUCAACUCCGCCACCAGGAACACCUCCACCACAAACAAAAACAAAGUUUGGACCAUUAGCAGAUGAAGAUCGAAUUUUCACCAAUUUGUACGGUAAACAUGAUUGGAGGCUAAAAGGGGCUCUCAAACGAGGUGACUGGUACAAAACUAAAGAAAUUCUUCUGAAAGGAUCGGACUGGAUUAUAAAUGAAAUCAAAACUUCUGGCCUCAGGGGCAGAGGUGGAGCUGGAUUUCCUUCUGGUAUGAAAUGGUCCUUUAUGAACAAACCAGGAGAUGGAAGACCAAAAUACCUUGUCGUUAAUGCUGAUGAAGGUGAGCCUGGUACAUGUAAAGAUAGAGAAAUUAUGAGACAUGAUCCUCAUAAGUUGGUGGAGGGGUGUCUUAUUGCUGGAAGAGCUAUGGGAGCUAAGGCUGCAUAUAUUUAUAUCAGAGGAGAAUUUUAUAAUGAAGCUUCUAAUAUGCAAGUUGCUAUUGCUGAGGCUUAUCAAGCAGGCUUAUUGGGUAAGGAUGCUUGUGGCUCUGGAUAUGAUUUCGAUGUAUUUAUGCACAGGGGUGCUGGUGCUUACAUUUGUGGGGAAGAAACAGCACUCAUUGAAUCCAUUGAAGGAAAACAGGGUAAACCUAGGUUGAAGCCUCCAUUCCCAGCAGAUGUUGGUGUAUUUGGUUGCCCAACAACUGUCACCAAUGUAGAAACUGUUGCCGUUUCUCCAACGAUUUGCCGAAGGGGAGGUGUUUGGUUCGCUUCAUUUGGAAGAACUCGUAACUCUGGUACCAAACUGUUCAACAUUUCCGGACAUGUUAACACACCUUGCACAGUGGAGGAAGAAAUGAGUAUUCCACUCAAGGAACUGAUUGAAAAGCAUGCAGGUGGUGUUGUUGGAGGUUGGGACAACCUUUUAGCAAUCAUACCUGGAGGUUCAUCAACUCCACUCAUUCCUAAAAACGUUUGUGAUGAUGUUUUGAUGGAUUUCGAUGGAUUGGUAGCUGCUCAGACAAGUUUAGGAACUGCGGCUGUGAUUGUAAUGAACAAACAGACAGAUAUUGUUAAGGCAAUUGCUAGACUCAUCAUGUUCUAUAAACACGAAUCUUGUGGUCAAUGUACUCCAUGCAGAGAAGGUAUCAAUUGGAUGAAUAAAAUAAUGUAUAGGUUUGUUGAUGGAAACGCAAAACCAGCUGAAAUUGACAUGAUUUGGGAACUUAGCAAACAAAUUGAAGGUCACACCAUUUGCGCACUCGGUGAUGGUGCUGCAUGGCCGGUUCAAGGUCUUAUCAGACAUUUCAGACCAGAAUUAGAGCGUAGAAUGGAAGAAUUCAACAAGCAGAAAGCUGCUGCCUCAAACUGAAAUAGAAAUCAAUUGAAUUCUGCAAUUAUUUGAACUUCAGAACUUGUUGAUUUUAUCGGUGUCCAUAGCGAUAAUUUUAAGCGAAUUCUCUACUGUAAAUAAGAUUAAUAAAAUGGUCAAUAU